CGCGGCGGCCGGGCUAGCGCAGUCAGUGUACGCCACAGCCGUGCCCCAGCCGUGCCCCAGCCUCGCCACAGCCGUCGCCGCAGUACACCUCGCCUUUUUCCUUAUCGUUGCCGUCGUCGAAGCCAUCGUCGCAGCAGCCAUGCGCUCCGUUCCGCUCAUUGGUGCGGCCCUGGCGCUGCUGUGCCUCAGCACGGUCGCCGAGGCACAAAGCACAGGGGCGCGCAAGACCGUCCACCAGUUGGUGUACGAGACGCUGGACCCGGUGGGCUCGAACGCGGAGGCCGGCUCGGCGGCCUACGACCCCAGCGUGGCGUGGGCCGACCGCAUCAAGUCCGUGAUACGGGCGAAGCUGGCACGGCUGCGCGCCGGGCUGCGGACCCAGCAGGGCCUGCAGGACCAGCAAAGCCAACAGAGUCUCCAGGAACAGCAAACCCUCCAGGACCAGCAGACGCUCCAGGACCAGGGCCAGCAGUACCAGCAGUACGAGUAGCGCGCCUUCCUUCCUCGCCGCCGUUCCGCCGCCCCACGGCCCCCAUGAUAAAUCCAUGGCGAGGUGGGGCCGUGCACUCCAGCGCCAUAUUUUCAUUUGCUGGAGCCUGGAGCCUGCAGCCCGCCGCUGGAGCCGGAACCGUGUUUCCUCGACGCGGGACUCCGCCGCCGGGAGAAGGAGAAGACGGCCCCCGAGCCGCACGAAAUACAGCAGUGAAGUCCGUGUCACUUUGUGCCUCGUUCGAAAUACAGCAGCCGCACGCGGAGCAGGAAAAA